AUGCAUCUCUCCUCGCUUCUCCUCGGAGCCAUCGCCGCUACCGCCGUCACGGCCCACCCUGGCCAUGACAUCCGUGCCGAGCACGCUGAGCGUCAGGCCAUCCUCGACCUUGUUGGCCGCAGCGACUACGGCCGUUGCGCUGACAAGCUCAAGGCCCGUGGCGUUGAGGCUCGCGCCAUCGCUAGACGCGAGGAGCUCGCCAAGAAGAUAAUGAAGAAGAGGAACCUCGAGGCCCGCUCCAUUUAUGCCCGUGGCACCCACCAGUCCAACGCCACUUACACUCUUCAGACUCCCGCCUCCGAGAUCUUCGCUAGCACCGACUUCUGCUUCCUCAGCCCUGAGGUCACUGAAGGCCCCUACUACGUCGCUGGCGAGUAUAUCCGCGAGGACAUCACCGAGGACCAGGCCGGUGUCGAUCUUGCCCUCGACCUCCAGGUCUACGAUGUCGAGACCUGCGAGCCCGUUCCCAACGUCUACCUUGAGAUCUGGCACUGCAACAGCACUGGCGUCUACUCCGGCGUCUCUGCCAACGGCAACGGCAACGGCGACGCCGCCAACCUUAACGCCACAUUCCUGCGUGGUCUCCAGCAGACCGACGCCGACGGCAUCGCCCAAUUCGAGACCUUGUUCCCCGGCCACUACACCAGCCGCGCCACCCACAUCCACGUCAUGGUGCACGUCGACCCGACCGUCUUCCCCAACAACACGAUCCGGUCUACCACGGCCUCGCACGUCGGCCAGAUCUACUUCGACCAGGACCUCAUCACCGAAGUCGAGGCCGAGCCCGUCUACAACACCAACACUCAGAGCCUCACCCUCAACUCCGAUGACAUGCUCCUUCAGCAAGGCUCGAAGGUCGGCGACCCCAUCGUCAACUACGUCUACCUCGGCUCUACCGUCUCUGAGGGUCUGCUCGGCUGGAUCGGCUUCGGUAUCAACACCACGCUUUCCAAGGACGUCACUGCUGCUGCUACCUUCUACGAGAGCGGCGGCGUUGCGAACUCCAACGGUGGC